AUGCCUUCACAUGCAGGCCACUUCACCGCCGAAGACGAUGACGACACACACUCGGUGGUUUCUGAUGUCUCCGAUCUCGAAGGCGACGGAUCACACCUGCUAGCUACUCUGCGGAAGCAUAAUGUUCCAGUGUCGAAAAGGACUGUUCGAUUGAGUACUCACGGAAAGGAGGGGUCGAAGAGCCAGGAGCAGUUUCGAAAGGACGUCCUGGACAGCCUGAUUGAACUCAUUCCAGACCGGUGGUCAUACUUCAGCAGCCCAUCCGAUCUAAAGAUCGACAGAGUGAGCGGCGCAAUGACCAACUGUGUCUAUUUUGUCACUGGGCCAGCACAACGAGCGGAGGAUGGAAGUGAUGUCAAACCUCCGAAGGUGCUGCUUCGUGUGUACGGAACGGCAGCCGGUUCAUUCAUCAGCCGUGACAAAGAAAUGUUCUGGUUAUGUAAGAUGAGCGACAUUGGAGUUGCCCCAAAGCUUCUCGGGGUGUUUGCCAAUGGGCGUUUCGAGCAAUUCCUUGAAAGUUCUACGCUUACGAAGGAAGAAAUGCGAGACCCACAGACCUCCAUUCAAAUCGCACAACAGCUGUACAAACUUCAUCAACUCAUCAACUCCUGCACCCCGGAUGACCUUACUCAAGUCGAAGGCGAUCCGGAACACAUCCCUACGGAACCCAAGUCGCCGAGCACACCAAAUCCACAGACGUCCGAGCUGUGGGCCAAACUGAGAAGGUGGCAGAAACUCGCUGCUAAGACGGCCAUUGAUCUGAAGCGCGACCAACCUGAGCGGUAUCGAUUGAUUCGGGAUGUUGUGGACAUUAGGCAGUUAAAGGAUGAGAUCGCACUGCUUGAGGAGCGAUUGGCCAAAGUCAACAGCCCGUUGGUGUUUGCUCAUAACGAUGCCCAAUACGGUAACAUCCUACGGAAGCACAAAGACAACUCCAUCAUCAUCGUCGACUAUGAGUACGCCGGUAUCAACUACCGCGGCUACGACAUUGCCAACCACUUCUGCGAAUGGGCCGCCGACUACCACUGCGCAACGCCCCACAAAAUGAAUUUCUCUAAUUACCCCACCCGCGAGCAGCAGACGCUUUUCUUAAACGCCUACCUCGACGCCGCCGACGAAGGGUUCACGGAAGGCGCGACCGAGACUGCGUCGCGGAACGCGCAGGUGGAGGCUCUGAUGAACGAGGUCGACCAUUACGCUCUCGCGUCGAACUUGCUCUGGGGAUUGUGGGGUCUGAUGCAGGCGGCGGAGACGGAGAUCGAUUUUGAUUAUGUGGGAUACGCUUGUGAGAGGUUCCGUCAGUACGCGGCUUGUCGGGAGCACUUGUUCGUCGACGAAUAG